CCCCAAGGGGAAGUGAGUGAGCGCGGCUGGGAUUACGUGCAGUGGUGGCGGCUGCAGCGGCUCCGAGUCUUCUGGACGCCGAGUGGAAGCGACGGACACUAGGCUUGGCCUCGGCACUUGCCCAGCAUACGGCCCGGACAUGGAUCCCGCCAGCCAAGAUAUCAACUUGAAUUCUCCUAACAAAGGUCUGCUAUCAGAUACCAUGACAGAUGUGCCCGUGGAUACAGGGACUGCCAGGACCUCCAUUCCUGAGGGCCUGACAGAGGCAGAGGAAGAAGAGCUCAGAUCUGAACUCACUAAGGUGGAAGAAGAAAUUGUUACAUUACGACAGGUCCUGGCAGCCAAAGAAAGACACUGUGGUGAGCUGAAGAGGAAGCUGGGCCUGACUCCCUUGGAUGGACUGAAGCAGAAUCUUUCAAAGAGUUGGCAUGAUGUUCAGGUCUCCAAUGCCUAUGUGAAAACAUCUGAGAAACUUGGAGAGUGGAAUGAGAAAGUGACACAGUCUGACUUAUAUCUUUCAGCAAGCAGCACAAUGGAGGACUGGAGUGAGAAAUUAACCCAUUCAGAAGCUUACAAGAAGACUCAGGAAACUCUCUCCCAGGCAGGACAGAAGACUUCAGCUGCCCUGUCCAAUGUGAGCUCUGCUAUCAGCAGAAAACUUGGAGAUAUGAGGAACUCUGCAACCUUCAAGUCUUUUGAAGAUCGAGUUGGGACCAUAAAGUCCAAAGUCGUUGGUGGCAGGGAGAAUGGCAGUGACAACCUUCCUUCACCAACAGGAAACAGCGAUAAACCUCUGCAGGAUCAUGCUCCUUUCUAGACCCCUUUGGAGCUUUACUCUGCCACAGAACGAAUUCAAGAAUCCGCUCAACUUGUCAUGAGCAACUCUGCAGAAAAAAACAAUUAUACUUCAAACCAGGAAAUGGACAGAGUCCAGUUUUGAGAAUUCAUAUCCAUACAUAUAUAGACACUUGCUGCUGGAUUUGAGUAAAAUAGAGAACAAAAAAGUUUUGUACACAGAUAUUUUACACUAAAGUUUAUAGAUGAAAUGUAUCACUGUGCUAUUCUUCCUGGGAGGUGCAUUUAAAUGGACAGGACUUUCUCAUUGGGUAUAGAAGCCAAAGCAUGAACUCCCAUUUGGAAAACACUAUAGCUUAGCUGAAUGCCCAAAUAGAUUGCUUUUUGGAAGUGGAAAGAAGUGUAAUUAUGAAACAAACUUUUUAAAAAUGUUGUUUCUUUUCUCCCCUCCCUCAAUUUCUGAAAGCUCUUAUAAAUAACCUAAAAGAUUCUAACUAGCUUGAUUAUUUUUUUCCCCCAGAAAAUGAUUGUCAGGAUGUGAAACUGUCCAUUUUUCUGCGCCUUCCAGAAAGGAGACUCUAAUUAGCAGUUGCCUGGUUGUUACACUAAUGCUCAAGCUUUAACAAAACGAAAAUCUUUAUUUUUUAAAUGCAGUGGACUUUUCAAAAAUCAAAACGAAGCAAAGCAGCUUUAGCCUCAUAUUAGGGAAAUGUUAUCUUGGAACUCUGAAGCUGAAAUGCAAGCCUUACAUCACCUUAUGCUUUACUUGUUUAUAAUCUUUUUAUAUAAAGAAAUUGAGGGUUCUAAAGCUGGGUUUUGAGGACUGUGUGGUUUUGCAUUUAACCCUCAUGGCAGCAUGUCUUUGCCAGUUUGUGUGUUUAUUUAGCUCAUUCGUUAACUUCAUUUGAGUGUAUGAAACUUGCUUCUCUGUUCUCUGAAUUGCUGCAGCAGCUCCUAGCAGUUUCCUGCUUUUCACUAAUCAGCUCAAAGGCUUCUAGACAGCAAGGAAUAUUAUAACCAGAUGAGAGAUAAACCUCUGUCUUAAGCAACUUUAAAGUGACAACAGCUCAUCCCCCGUCCUACCAGCUAUUCUGCUUCUGAAUAAGCCCAAAUGAUUGUACAUUAUUGGUCAGUAAAUCUGAACCUGCCAUUGUUUACAGUAGGUAUAAACUCAGAAAAUAGACUUAAUGAGAAGUAGGAUUGGACCCUCCCCUAAGACAGGCUAGAGAUGGAUGGAAAGAGUUGAUUUGGAUUAGCAAGAAUCUGUCUUGGGACAGAUUCUUUUGUUAACUUCCUAAUAUCAAUAUUUCUUAGGAGCUCUGAGACUUUUUUCCGUUUUUAAAAUGAUGCCAUUUGGCAUUAUUUCUCAUGGCAAUUGCUUUGCCUGAUGUGAGGCAUGAUUUUGAGGGUAAAGUUUUGUGCCUUAUUGGCUCUCAGCAGUGGGAUUAAAAUCUGUUUGCUUGUAUACAUAUCAAUAAAAUCUCGCUGGCUGAAGGAAUACUCCCUCCAGCCCAAGGUGACCCUAUUUUGUUCAGCCUUAAUGUUCUCCCUACUCCAGAGAAGCAAGUUCUGAUACACCAGUAUCUAUCAAUCCUAGGGGCUGCAUUCCAUGCAAUGUUAGGAGGCAAAUGCAGUAGGAAAUACACUGUGUAGUGUCAUUUUACCAAGUUUUAUUAUUUGUGGCUGAAAUUGUUGGGGAACAGUAAGGAGAAGGAAGAUGAAGGGGUGGGAAUUGAUCUUUCUUCUCCUUAAACUGGAUAUUGGGUAUUUGUCAAUAAAUUAUUCCUUUCAGGAUAAAAAAAACUGAA